GUGACGUACGCCCGAAUAUCCUUCUGGCUUCACAGAGUGCCGACACAAAAAGCAGAAUUCAUCAGAACGUUUUCAAAACUGUGUCCGGGCCCCUUCCCCUUAGAAAACGUAUGCUUGGAGAAAGACCAGAACGACGAUUGAGAAAGCUCAGCACAUUAUCACCACAAAGAGUUCAACUAAGGCUAGAGUUAUCCGACGGUACUGAACUGAAACUCACCUCAAAGCAUUUCAUAUACAGAACUGAGUGCGCAGUUGAGAAGGAACAGGUUACCGCGGAUGGAAUAUCGCGAGAAGCUGUGCUAGCCGAGAAGGUCGUCGAAGGGGACUGCCUGUAUGAAGUCGUGGACGGCAAGCAUAUGCGGACAACUCGAGUAGCAAAAGUGUCAACUGUGACUGAGACUGGGAUAUAUUCACCAAUGACAUCUAACGGCAAGUAUGCCGAUAGAUUAAGAAAACUCUAUGCAUCACUCUUCGGAACAAAAUCGGAUA